AGAGCACAACAGGAGUUGGGGAAGAAGGCGAACCAGAGAACAAGCUUUUAAGCUCUUUGUAAUCCUCUCUCUCUCUCUCUCUCUCUCUCUCUCUCUCUCUCUACUGGUAUGGUUCUUAAGGUCAGAACUAAUAUCCUCAAACAACUCAUACACUUUCUGUGUGUGUUCUACCGAUGUUAUUUUUCUUAAGUCCAAAAUUUUCAAGCUUCUGUUUCUGGCAGCUGAAUACAUGCUUUGCAAUUUUCUGGAUAUCAAAAAAGUAUUCUUUUUAAUUAUUUAGUUUGACCAUUCUUUUCGGUUUUCGAUUUUGUUUAUUAUUCUGUUCAUGUUAAGGUUUUUGUUUUGUUUUGUUUUUUUUAAUACUACCUGUUUCUGGGUCACUUGAAGUUUGAAUCUUUAAUUUCAAAACUUCAUUCAAGUGGAAUAAUGACAUCCAUACCUUCGAAAAAUCUAUGGAUUCGAAAGCAACAGUGCCCUUGUGGAGAUUGGAAGUGUUAUAUUACAUAUGAGGGUGAUGCUGAGGAGGGUUCUGCAGCACCAGAAUUGGUGAAGGCAGAAAAAGCAUCAUCUGGAGCUAUGAUUACCCCCUAUGUUGGAAUGGUGUUCAAGAGUGAUGAUGAUGCUUUUGAGUAUUAUGGCAAUUUUGCUAGGAAGAAUGGGUUCUCUAUUAGGAAAGAAAGAUCUAGAAUUAGCCCUCAGUUGGGCAUUUACAAGCGUGACUUUGUUUGUUACCGGUCUGGAUUUGCCCCGGUGAAGAAGAAGCCUAAUGGAGAACACCAUAGAGAUAGGAAAUCAGUGAGGUGUGGAUGUGAUGCAAAAAUGUAUUUGUCUAAGGAGGUUGUAGAAGGGGUUUCCCAAUGGUUUGUUGUGCAGUUUAGUAAUGUACACAAUCAUGAACUUUUGGAAGAUGAUCAAGUGCGCCUUCUUCCUGCUUAUCGUAAAAUUCAUGAGGCUGAUCAAGAACGUAUACUCUUGCUUUCCAAAGCUGGGUUUCCAAUACAUCGGAUAGUGAAAAUGCUUGAGCUCGAAAAGGGGAUUCAAGGUGGGCAGCUGCCUUUCUUGGAAAGGGAUGUGAGGAACUUUGUUCAAAACCGUAAGAAGGUUGUCCAAGAGAAUGAGGCAUUGCUCUGUGAGAAAAGAGAAAAUGAUAUAUUGGAACUUCUUGAGGCAUGCAAAAUCAUGAAAGAAGCAGAUGAUAACUUUGUGUAUGAUUUUACAGUGGAUGAGAGUGAUAAGGUUGAAAAUAUAGCUUGGUCAUAUGGUGACUCUGUUAAUGCAAAUGCUAUGUUUGGUGAUGUGGUUUAUUUUGACACUACUUAUCGAUCAAUCACAUAUGGAUUGCUUUUUGGAGUGUGGUUUGGUAUUGAUAGCUAUGGUAGAACCAUUUUUUUUGGUUGUGUUUUAUUGCAGGAUGAAACACCCCAGUCCUUCUCAUGGGCAUUGCAGACUUUUGUCCGGUUCAUGAGAGGAAGAUGUCCACAAACAAUUCUAACUGAUCUAGACCCUGGGCUUAGAGAUGCCAUUAGAAGCGAAUUUCCAGGAACUAAACAUGUCAUUCCUCAGUGGAAUAUUCUAUACAAAGUACCCAGCUGGUUUUCUAUUCCUCUCGGGUCUCGCUAUGCAGAAUUCAAAUCCGAGUUCGAUGCCUUAUUUCACAUUGAGAAUACAGAGGAAUUUGAACUUCAGUGGAGCCAAAUGAUUUCUGUGUUUGGGCUUGGUUCAGAUAAACAUACUGAUUUACUGUAUUCUGUUCGGGCAUCCUGGGCACAACCCUAUGUAAGAGGUUACUUUCUGGCUCGAAUGGCGACAAUAGCUUACUCGAAGUCUAUAGAUGCAUUUUUGAAAGGAAUAUUCACUGCACAUACAUGUUUGCGUAGCUUUUUUGAGCAGGUUGGCAUUUCUGCAAAUUUUCAACAUCAAGCACAUCAGGAGGCUCAAUAUAUACAUCUCAAAACUUGCAUACCCAUUGAAGAGCAUGCACGAAGUAUUCUCACGCCUUUUGCUUUUAAUGCUUUGCAGCAAGAAUUAUUGCUUGUAAUGCAAUAUGCUACUUCUGAGAUGGCCAAUGGAUCAUAUAUUGUACGGCACUUCAAAAGGAUGGAUGGGGAAAGGCUAGUAAUAUGGUUGGCUGAAGACGAACAGAUACACUGCUCUUGCAAGGAAUUUGAAUCCUCAGGAAUAUUAUGCAGACAUGCUCUUCGUGUAUUUGUAAUAAAAAACUACUUUCAGCUCCCUGACAAAUACUAUUUAAGUAGAUGGAGACCGGAAUGCUCUUUACUUGUUGUUGAUGAUGAUGAUCAUAAUAGUCAAAGUGUUGGUGGGGAAUGGUUUCAAGAAUAUCAGUCCCUAGCUGAAACUUUGUUUUCGGAAUCAUCAAUUACAAAGGAGCGAUCUGACUAUGUUCGUAGAGAACUGACAAAAGAACUUACUAGGAUUCUUAAUGAGGUUAGAAAUCUGCCUGAGACUGGUGGAGUCUGCAUGAACAUGACUGUUUCGCCAACCAGCUAGUUUGAGGUGUUUUCUUGUAUAUAUAUAUAUGUAAUAGAAUGCAAGUUUGCAACCACUGGACUCAUGAUAAUACAAAAGUGAAGGUUAUAUUUACAAUUUUUUUGUUUACAAACUACACUAAGUAUAAUGGGUCAUACUUCAAUCAAGAGUGUAUGACCGGUCAUACUUAGUAUAAUUUGUAAAAAAAAAUUGUAAACGGAGUAUUCUCCUAAUACAAAUGGGAAGAAGUGUCAAAUUGAAGAAUCCCUGUACAGAGAGAAAAUGUUAAAAAAAACUCAGCUUAUUUUGAAAUGGGCUAUUUUACAUGUACAUUGAGAUAUGAUUUGUUUCUCUAAUGCCAGCAACUUUGUAUUCUCCUGGAUUAGAGAUCAUGCUACAAAUUUAAUAUGAUCGUGCCAAAGGAUUUUACUGA